UUUCUUUCCCAAAAAGCCAUGCCCGGGGAAUCUUGGCACAAAUCUUUCACAGAUAACACACAGUCACAUUAAAAGAUACACAUGGGGUCCUCUUCCCUCAUCAUCCCUUUUACUUCCACUGUUUCUCUCUUCUUCUCCAUCCAUCUCCCUCUUCCUUCGUCUUCCAAACCACAGAGCUCUCUUUGUUUUCUGCGUUCAUCACCAUGGGAAGCUCUGUUCGUUUCAGAGAAGCUCUGGCUGUCACCCCUUCUGCUUCAACCCCUGCUGCUGUUCUCCAGCUGUCUGCUCUCGAUUCCCAGCUCUUCCUUCGCUUCACCAUUGAGUAUCUUCUGCUGUUCCCGCCCUGCCCUGCCUCCGACCAUGCUUCUACAACGGCAGCUCUGAAAUCGGCAUUGGCUCGAGCUUUGGUUCCUUACUACCCUCUCGCCGGCAGGGUCCGGGCUAGGCAUGACGGCUCCUGUCUUGAGGUCGUGUGUCGGGCUCAGGGUGCGGUUUUCAUCGAGGCCUUCUCUGAUCGUUUUUCGCUCGGCGAUCUCCACGAUAAGGCCCCUAAAACGGUGAACCAGUGGAGGAAAUUCCUCUACCCCCCUGUCGCCGACGUUCUCGCGGGAUUGCCUCCUCUGGUGGUUCAGCUUACGUGGCUCAGAGACGGUUCCGCCGCCGUCGGCAUUGGGAUCAAUCAUUGUAUUUGCGACGGAAUAGGAAGCGCCGAUUUUCUCAACCAUUUCGCCGAGUUAGCGAAAUCCUCUGUCCUUAACGACUCAAUCAAGCCCGCACACAAACCCGUCUGGGAUCGCCACCUGCUCAAUUUACCAUCUACGAAGAACACUCAGGUCACGAACCCCGCGACCCUCCCCGAGUUCAACCAAGUCCCCGAUCUCUGCGGGUUCAUGACUCGGGUUUCGAGCGACCUGAGGCCAACCUCCAUCACCUUCAACAAGAGACACCUCGACCAGCUCAAGAGCAUCGCCCUCGACACGAGUCGACUGGGCGAGUCGUCGUUCACGUCCUUCGAAGUCCUCGCCGCUCACGUGUGGAGGAGCUGGGCCAGAGCAUUGAACUUCCCGGCGAACCAAACACUGAAGCUGCUGUUCAGCAUCAACGUGCGGAACCGGUUGAAACCGGGUCUUCCCGACGGGUACUACGGGAACGCGUUCGUGCUGGGGUGUGCUCAGAGCAGCGCGAGGGAGCUGGAGGAGAAGGGAGUCGGGUACGGGUCGGGACUGGUGAAGCGGGCGAAGGAGAGAGUGGACAGCGAUCACGUGAGGAGGGUGAUUGAGUUGGUGUCCGAGUCGAGAGCGUGUCCUGACUCGGUGGGGGUUCUAAUAGUGUCUCAGUGGUCAAGGCUGGGGCUGGAGAGGGUUGACUUUGGGAUGGGGAGGCCUGUGAGUGUGGGGCCCAUAUGUUGCGACAGGUACUGUUUGUUUUUGCCGGUGAAGGACCAGAGCGACGCUGUGAAGGUCAUGGUGGCCGUCCCUACCUCCGCCGUUGACGAGUAUAUCUAUUACCUCACAUCGCACUAACCAGAACCCACUAAUUAAAUACCUUUUGACUUUUUUUUUCAUUUUAAAUAAAAAAUCAAUCACAGAACCAACACAAUUUGAUUUUAAAUUCGUGUUUCAUGGUAUUUUGUUUAAUUCCCACACGGACAUUGAUGCCUUCAUGGGAAUGAACAUGAGAUAGAGUCAGGGUAUGGUUUGGCUGUUUCUGUAAUUAUCAUCCGAGAACCAGAAUAUGAAUGAAAAUUAUAGCAAGUUUUAAUGAAAUGAAUGACGGGUUUUAAAGAAAAAAAGAUUCUGGUUAGAUUUUCUUUUGGCGAGAAGAUAUUGAAGGAUGAGAUCAGAUU